AUGUAUAUAAAAGCAUCCAGUCCAAGACAACCAGGUGAUAACGCAAAAUUGUACAGUCCUCUAAUGAAAUUCUUUGGGAAUAUGUGCCUUCAGUUCUAUUACCAUAUGUCUGGUGCAACUACUGGAAGCCUGAAUGUCACCAGGAAAAGCAUUUAAGGGAGAUAUUUUAUGGCACUUUGAUUUUUCAACAAAGUAGUAUGAUUUGUAUUGGCCGCCAUGUUGGAGGGCAUACUCUUGCCCUCCAACAUGGCGGCCAAAACUACUUUUUGCUUAUUUCUUGCUUACAUCAUCUUUUCAACAUUUCCCUUGAACUUUAAGUGCAAAAUUUGUGUUCAGAAAGAGGUAAUUCAUAAUUUUAAAAUCACAUUUUGGUCACGUGACCAGCUACAAACUUACUCAUUUUAAGGAAACGGUGCGGGUUUGAAAAACCAAAUCACUAUUAUUUUGUUUAAGAUAUGACCCACUAAUCGUUUUUUGAAGGCAAAAUCAUAUAACUUUCAUUUUCAUAAAAACGAUGUAACAUGACCUCUUAGUGCAAAUGGCCUAUUCUCUUACGCAUCCAGCAAGGUGAAAAACAAAAACGAUGGCAUCCGAAAUCGGAUUUCCGACCUUGACAAGCGGCGAAUCUCACAACCAAAAAUUCAAUAAACAAACCAGCCAUGAAUAACAGAAGACUCUUGAUAGCGGCUGUAUUUCAUUUUGUACAUUUAGUGGAAAAAGACAGUUAAAAACAUCACAAGUUGACACAAAACUCUGUUAUCUUUGGCUGGCAAAGUAAACAAGUCGCAAGAUGCUGCAUAAAUUGUCCGUAUGAACUCACCUGUCAAAUUUUGACCAAUCAUAGCAUAAAAAUUGGACGUGAAGCGUGACCAACGCGUGACUAUGGUGAGAAAAGUGAAAAGUAUCUGUCUUCCCUACUUGCAUUUUUAAAUAACUGGCUGAAUUUUCGCGUCCGAGGUCAGUUUGAAAUAAAAUGUUAAAUAGUGCUAGGCCAUAGUGACAUAAACACAACAUAUUUCAUAUGAAUUUAAAAAAAUGAGCUUGCGAUCAUUUGAAAACUAGUAACUCGUCUUCGGAUAACUUCAAAAAAUACUCGACCUGGAUGGGUCGACACCUGAGCCCGCGAUACGGUCAGGUGAUACUGGUCAGCGGAUACCUUGUUUUGACAGCUGCCAAUUGAUCACAACAUUGAUGUGCAAUCAGUGGGCUCCCAAAGUAGCUAGAAAGUUAUGGGCUCCUGUAACAUUUUAAUUUUUUAUUAAUUAUUUUAGUGGCCUUAUCAUGAACGGGUUUAAAGUUAUAGAGGCGGGCCUGCGAAGGCCUCCUCAGACGCAGGAAGCAAAAAGUAAAUAUAUAAAGCCUGCACUUAUUAAAUAAGCAACUGGCUACGAAGCCAUUCAACCCAGAUAUUUUGGAAACGAUGCACCUCUUGUCUUAGUAAAUAUAGCAGCCGAACCAUUCUUGGAUGCAUUUCUAGUCAAUUUAGAGGACCUGAAUUCCAAUAUUACUUGGAGAGCAUGUUCUCUUAUUACGCCUGCACUUACGCUUAGGUGUUAAUUAACAGUUAAUGAAUGAGACUGAGUAUCUUAUGAAGAAUUAUGGAGAUCGAGGAUAACACCCUCCGAGAUCUCCAUAAUUCUUCAUAUGAUACGAAAGCCGAAUUCAAUAACUGUUUUAUUAUUCAUUCAAAAUAAUUCCUAGUUUAAAAACAUAGCUAAAACAUGCUUACCUCUAUCGAUCCAUCGAUGUUCAGUUCAUCUUCGAUAGUGUACGUUUAGGUUUGUCCAGCUCCACAAAUAUUCUCCAAAUAGCAGAUGUCGCCCUUCGAGUUGUCUUCUUGCUGUUCUUGCCAUGUUUUUAGCUAUUUUUUGGCCUAGUUAUUACUCUUGAAACGAGUGAAAUGUCCGCCAUUUUUUCAAAUUCACAACCAAAACAACUCAACCUCGUCCCCAGGUUUUCUCGGUUAACGGUGCCUUAACCUACGAAAACGCUGCAUUUUUGACGUCAUUUCCUCGUUAAAGUCAAAUUUCUUCCAAAUUUGGUCAUCAGUAACUGGUUAUGGUGAAUUAAACAUGUGCUUUUAGCCAAUCAGAAUCGGGGAAAUAUUUUGAAUGAAUAAUAAUUAAGGUUAAGCCUCAUCGCUCUUAACUAUCUCGUGGUCAGCCUGUGUAAUUGUACUUUCUAGGAUCGUAUCAUGCCUUUGAGGUUAUCGUUGACCCCAGGAAAAAAAAGGCUCAAUUUUUAAUAUGAGAAUUUAUUUGUUUUGUCUAACUUAGAAAUAAUAUGCAACUUUGAUGUUUCAAUGUACGGUUUUGUGCAAGGCAUUAAUGACAAGUUUGACUGGACUCGACACAAUGGAAGCACACCCUCUAGUGGUACAGGACCUUCUUUUGAUCACACCACUGGAAACUUGACCGGUGAGCUCUAAACUAAUUCAUCAGUACAUCUAGCCAGUCCUACUAUUAGCAACGAGAAUUGUAAUAACGUAUUACAAAUUUAACAGUCAGUUGGUAGGCAUUUCUACUUCAUUUUCUUCAUGAAAAUAUCGCUAGUUUUAGUCUUGCAAAUUUAAUUACAUGUCACUCUUUUCUACCCUUUCUUUUUGUUGUUGUUGUUGCUGUUGUUUUCUUAGAUUAAGGGGGCUAUGUUAGCUGGAGAGCAUGCGCGCUGAGGUUAUGCAAAUUACUUUCAACUGUCAAAAUUCUAUUGUUUUUAACGCAUGACUUUCUCCAUGCUCUCUGUCACGUCCAAGGCUCCGAAAUUUAGAGAGAGGUUAACGAGUGAGUUGGGUUUGGAUAGGGGAUAUUUCGAUAGAAUUUAAGGAACGUUUCUUCUCUGGUUAUGCUAGUAGAUCAAGAAUAAAAGUGUUAAGACAAUUUUACUAGUAGUUAUGAAGUAAAAACGCAUGCCGUUCAUAAAAACAGAGCGCCAACAAAAAUUCAGCAACAAUAUAUUGCCUUAGUUAUGAACGACCUACAACACACGCUAGACCAAAGAUAAAGACCAAGACUGUUUCAGUUCAUUGACAAUUAGACUUGGUUGUCGCUACUGAUUUUAUCUGACGGAACACGAGAGAUCAAGUCUGUGUUUUGAUCUUAGGGAAAGACACACUGAUCGCGCAAAAUUGUUCGAUCGUGGAUCAUUGUGGAGUAGCCGUCGUUAACUCUCUACCAUCACAACGACCGCUGAUAAGAGGACACUGUAAAUCCACGUAAAAAAAUUCCACGGGCAAACAAUUUCAAGAUAACCCCCAAAAAUUCUUUGUAAUCACCAUAGAACGAUUCUUAAUACAAAACUUCGCUAACUAUCAAACAAUGGCUGAGAUUUAGUCAGAUAAAAACAGCCUUCCAAAAUCUCCGACAGAACUUUUUCAAGUUUGUGUUCUUUGACUCGCGCAUGCGUCAGGAGUGACAUAGUCCCUUUAAACUGCUCGUUUUUGUUUCUUUUUUUGUUGCUUGUACGUUGCACAGGUGUAUUAAAUGUAGGCGAGAGUAUCUAAUUUUGACUACCUCUUCGGAUCGGUGCAACUACAAGGUUGCAGUUACUCCUUACAUCUUGGGUUUUGUUGUCAUUUGCCCUCUUAUUCUACCCUGAAUAAUACGUCUGUCUUCAAAAUAAAACGAAUAAAAGGAAACUUGGGAACUUACUAAUAGGUACUUCAGGUGAUCAUUCUACGUCAUUUAAGCUGAACUAACGUUGUUAGAAUACUGUUUUAAGUCAACUGGAUACUUUUUCAGUGCAUUCUGGUCAAUUUUUUUUCUUGUUGCCUUCCUUACAUCUUUUCCUCUUUGUAGGUUAUUACAUGUGAAUUUUUUAGAAAUAUUUAGUCCACAGGAGAGCUGGAUGAUAUGACACAAUUGGACCGUCCUCUACCGAAAAAGACUAAGUUGCUACUCUCUUACCAUCUUCAUCCCUAUAAGGUUAUUACAUGUAUAUAAAAGCAUCCAGUCCAAGACAACCAGGUGAUAACGCAAAAUUGUACAGUCCUCUAAUGAAAUUCUUUGGGAAUAUGUGCCUUCAGUUCUAUUACCAUAUGUCUGGUGCAACUACUGGAAGCCUGAAUGUCACCGUAAGUGGGAACUUAGUGUUCUCUGCAGGUGGUGAUAGAGGAGACAUGUGGCGUAAAGCCAACGUAAAUGUAUCAGCCAUCGAGGGAUUGCAUACGGUAAGCCGUGCGUUAUUUUUGUGUCUCUUCUAACAACAACAAUAACAACAACCGAAUCUUUAUUUUUAUCAACUCAUUGCUUAACACUAAAUUAGGAUAAUGAAAAUAUUGAGAGUUAAAUUAGAAUUUAAACUUUAAUGACCCUAUCAAUGGUGGUAAAAGGCUGUUCUCUGAGAGCGGUAAUUGGGGAAGCCAACCGGGUUGGGAGCAAUAAGCCACCAAUAGCUCACUUUUUUGUGAUCACCGUUGAAAGUAUGUUACAACUGUUUACAACUGAUAGUUUUCACCAAUCCUGGCCAUCAUUCGCUGUUGUUUAGUUAAAUUUAUAUAAACUACGUAGAUUCCUAUCUGCGAUCCUUUAAAGUGGUAGUAAUUUCAGUUUUACUGAAAGCACCUUCAAUAACUACACUUUUCUGGUCUGAAGGGUGCGCAGGUCCACCAUCCAGAAGACGUCUUUCGGUUCUCGGGUCUAUCAUGGUUCUCCGAAUCUUACUUAAGCCAUAAGUUUCUGUACUUCGGUCUGUAAUGAAAAACUAAAAAAGUCGACAAGACUGCAUCCGUUAUAAUUCUUCAUCUUUACCAUUAAUUAUAAAUUAAGCACACAUGAAAUAUAAGUGAUGUACCAUUUGGUAACAUUAUUUAUUCAUAGCAAGAUUAUUCUUUCUUACUCAUAGUGGUGCAAGUAAGUCCGUAAAUGUAGUGCAAAAUAUGAUGCGCUUAUUGUUUCCAAGAGGAUCUAUUUUGCUAUUAGCCGACAUUUCCUUAUUUCUGUUGUUAAGUUUGCAGUUUUAUGACAAAUUCGAAGAUAUUUUUUCAUUAAUUUCAAGACAUUAAUAACAACAGCGACUCUUCCGGACUGAUUUCACCUUUGACAGGUAACAUUUGAAGGCGUAGUGGGAAGCGAUUUCAGUGGUGACAUAGCAAUUGACGACUUCUCCUUGACAGCAGGGUCAUGUCCUUAUGGUAAGUUUUUUGACUAA